ACUACAGGAAGAGCUGAACGAGUACAAUGUUUAAAAAAAUAAAGGUACUGUUUUCUAGGGCAAAAUUAGCCCCUGAACAAGUGGACUGCAAGAAUCAAGAUGAUCCUCCACCAUCCAAGGCAUCUACAGGACAGGGUGAAAAUAAAAACACAGAUGAACCACAGAAGGCAGAUGCCAAUAAUAAAGCAGAACCGGCACCAAAGCAGCAAGAUACAGUACCGGCAAAAGCACCUGAGCCUUCAAACACUGAAAAAUCAACUGAACCAGCUAAGACAAAUCAAGAGGAGCAGUGUCAGCUCAGUGGUGGGAAACAAAAUGCUGGCACACAGAAUCCAGCACCUGCAGAUUUACAAAUCAAUGAGCAUGCUGAAGCUUGUCUCAAAGAGGUUGCUAAAAAACUGCGGGAAAGGUCAACAGCCUUUAAGGAAAAGCUGAAGGACCCAGUGCUGUCCUCCCCCGAAGGCAGUCCCACAUCUACACCUAAAAAGAAGCCUCCACCCCCACCAAAAGAAGAAAAAAAAGAAGAAAAGAAAGAAGAAAAGAAAGAAGAAGCAGAAGCAAAGCCAGAGGAGGAUCACUACUGUGAUAUGCUGUGCUGUAAAUUCAAAAAACCUCCGCUGAAAAAAUACAAGGAGUAUCUGCAGCUACCAGAAAGCAUAGACUCAUACACAGAUCGCCGUUACGUAGCGUGGCUCAUGCUCGUGACAAUCGCCUAUAACUGGAAUUGCUGGUUUAUUCCUCUACGCUUCGUGUUCCCAUACCAAACCCCCAGUAACACAAUCUAUUGGGUUACCAUAGAUAUAAUUUGUGAUAUCUGCUACCUGUGUGACUUGCUGGUUUUCCAGCCCCGAGUGCAAUUUUUAAGAGGUGGAGAUAUCAUAUCAGACAAAGUGGAAAUGAAGAAAUUCUACUACAGCUCUCUGAAGUUUCGGCUUGAUGUGGCAUCAGUAUUGCCGUUUGAUGUUCUAUACUUCUUCUUUGGAUUUAACCCAGCAUUUAGAGCAAACAGGAUGCUAAAGCAUAACACAUUCUUUGAGUUUAAUGAUCGUUUGGAAGCUAUUCUGGACAAAGCAUACAUCUACAGGGUCAUUCGAACAACGGGAUACUUGCUGUUUAUCUUGCACAUUAAUGCAUGCCUGUAUUACUGGGCUUCAGACUAUGAAGGACUUGGCAGCACCAGAUGGGUGUAUGAUGGCGAAGGGAACAUGUAUCUGAGGUGUUACUAUUGGGCUGUUCGUACUUUAAUCACCAUCGGUGGCCUUCCAGAACCACAAACUCUGUUUGAGAUAGUUUUUCAACUGCUGAACUUUUUCUUGGGUGUCUUUGUCUUCUCCAGCUUGAUUGGUCAGAUGAGAGAUGUAAUUGGAGCAGCUACAGCAGGACAGAACUACUACCGCUCCUGUAUGGACAACACUGUCUCCUAUAUGAACACCUAUUCUAUUCCAAAACUGGUCCAAAAUCGUGUUCGAACCUGGUACGAGUACACAUGGGACUCUCAGGGAAUGCUGGAUGAAUCAGAACUACUGGAGCAGAUGCCACUCAAAAUGCAAUUAGCCAUUGCAAUUGAUGUGAACUUUGCCAUCGUCAAUAAAGUUGACUUAUUCAAAGGCUGUGAUACCCAGAUGAUCUAUGACAUGCUGCUAAGGUUGAAAUCCAUUGUGUAUUUACCUGGGGACUUUGUAUGCAAAAAGGGAGAGAUUGGCAGAGAGAUGUACAUCAUCAAACAGGGUGAAGUUCAAGUCCUCGGAGGCCCUGAUGGUACAAAAGUCCUGGUGACACUAAGAGCUGGAGCUGUAUUUGGGGAGAUCAGCCUGUUAGCUGCAGGUGGAGGAAAUCGCAGGACUGCCAACGUGGUGGCUCAUGGUUUUGCCAACCUUUUCAUUCUGGACAAGAAAACACUCAAUGAAAUCUUGGUGCACUAUCCUGACUCAGAAAAACUUCUCAUGAAGAAAGCAAAGGUGCUACUGAAGGAGAAGGGGAAACCUCAGGCAGGACCACCAGCACCACAACCACGGGGCUUGGCCAGUCUCUUUGGGACAAAGCCAGAAACUCCAAAAUUGUUUAAAGCAAUGCUUGGAGGAAAAGGAAAAGAAGGUCUUGCUAGACUGCUGCAGCUGAAGAAAGAACAAGACACUCAGAAACCUCCAGCUGACACACAGAACGAGCCUCCACAAGAGAAGAAACCUUCGCAACCAGCAGCCUCACCUGCACCCCCUGCACAAAACAAAGAACCAGAUGCAGAUAAGCCUAAACCUGCAGAUACACAGAGAAGAAGCUCUAAGGAGUCUCUGAUCAUUAGUAUGGCCCCAUCCCCCAGAGCAGGAGAAGGAGAGAUCCUUACAGUUGAAGUUAAAGAGAAAAAACCCAAGUAGAUGGUGCUUUGGGCUGCAGUCCCAUCUACUGUCCUGCUUAAUUCAGAGGGCUUGGGUGGCUUCAUUUUUGGGUACAGAGAAUAAAAGUAGAGGCAACUCAAGAGAAAAAUCUACCCCAAUUCCUCUUCCUCUCUCCCUCCUCCUCUGACACAAUUGGACAAAUUAUUUAUGUGCUUACCUCUUAAGUCUUGAGGCUGAAA